AUGGUGUGCCACCGACGUUUGCUGCCGGCCGCCAUUUUGACCCUGCAGAAUACCGGUGCUGUCAUUUCGCUUAUCCCGAUCGGAGCUUUCGUGGACUACGUCGGCAGGAGAGCCAUGCUCGUGGGCUCGGCAGUCGUUAUGGCGACCGGCACGGUAUGCACCUUCGUUGCGACAGGCUACGCGCAGUACGCUGUGGCGCGCUUCCUUACCUUGGCAAGUGUCGCCGUGCAUACCGUUUUCACCGCUCUGAUACCAUUCGAGGUGAUGACGCACGCGCACAGGCCGGAACAACUCCUCCUACUGGCGGUCAUGGGCCUGACGUUGAGUGAAGUUUGGAUCGUAAUCGUCAAAUCCUGGGUCGUCGACUGGCGUCUGAAGCAAAUCAUCUGCCUCGCCCCGACGGCUCUCCUGCUCCCUGCUUUAUUUACCGCACGAGAGUCUCCCCGUUGGCUCGUGGUGAACGGAAGACUAGAAGCGGCAGAAGCAGUCAUGAUGGAGGGGGCCAAGACCAACAACGUCCCGAUUGCGGUCACGGCCUGUCUCAUGGAGAAGAUCAGAAAACAGAUCAAGAACCAAGUGGGUAGUGAAAGCGCAGACAGAGAAGGCCUGCUGGACUGUCACUCCCUCCGACGUCGUGCCUCGGCCAUGUUCGUUGUCUGCUUCUCCAUAUCGUUUGUCUUUUUCAUCGACGCCUUCUCAACGGCCCAAUACAACGAAUCUUGGAUACCGAGCCUCACGGUUGUCUUAACACUGGCGACGUACAUGGCGAUGCACUUCCUGAUUGCCGACGUUGCCCUUGUCAGGGUACUUACCGCUUGCUUUCUGCUGACGGGCGUCAUACAAUGCGCAAUCAGUAUCGCCGCUGGCAGUGAUUUCGGUAUGAUCGCCAAGACCUUGCUCAUGCUGUCCAAGGGCAUCACGAACGUACUGAUCGUCCGCUGUUUGACGUACGUCCUGGAGCUCUUCCCAUCGGCCGUGCGGGCAGGCGUUGCCUGCUGGGGGCUCGCCAGUGGACGCAUUUCGGCCAUGUUCGCGGCAGUGAUCCUUGUCCUGAAGCCGGCCGGACGCGAAGACGUGGUGUUCGGCUUUGCGGGACUGUUCCUCUUUGCCUCCCUGCUCGUCAUCCGCGCCCUUCCACGCGCGACGGUGGUCGAGGAAGCCAUAAUCGUGGCCCGGCGGCCUUCGGACUCCGGCAGAAUUUCUAUGGACCACAUGAAGCGUACGCUCGAGCAGCGGUGCCUACGCAAGAAGUCCAAGACCUCGAGCCUAGAGAGCUCCAGGUCCAGCAGGAAGAGUCGAAAGAGCGGGAGCGUCAACAGUUCUCGCAGUUCUUCGACGCCCCGCCGACCUCAGACCGAGCGGGCGCCGGAAUGA